AAGGAAUGGCUACCAGAACAAACCAAAUCACUUUUCCGGCCACCGCCGUGGUUGCGCUCGUCCUUCUCCUCCUCCCGCCUAUUAUACUCGCCGAUGACUUACAAAUCCCGAACGAUAAAACUCAACUAACUGCAUGGUUCGGCAGAACCAUCAAGAACUAUAAGCUCCGGAGGGCGACGCUUGAUCCAGAGCUGGUGAAGGCGGAGGACAACGUAAAAAUCAUCAAGGUGAGUAAAAGUGGUGGAGGAGACUUCAAGACGGUGACGGAUGCCGUCAACAGUGUUCCGGCGGGUAACACUCGGCGCGUAAUUAUAUGGAUUGGAGGCGGAGUAUAUGAAGAAAAAAUCAAGAUUGAUAGGACUAAGCCCUUCGUCACAUUCUACGGAUCACCCGACAACAUGCCCAUGCUGUCAUUCGACGGGACGGCGGCCAAGUACGGGACGGUGGACAGCGCCAGCCUGAUAGUCGAAUCUCAUUACUUUAUGAUGGUGAACAUAAUUGUCAUUAACUCGUCCCCGAAGCCGGACGGGAAACGGAAGGGAGCGCAGGCGGUGGCGCUGAGGAUUUCAGGUGAUAAGGCCGCGUUUUAUAACAGCAAGCUGAUCGGUUUUCAGGACACCCUAUGUGAUGAUAGGAACAGACAUUUUUUCAAGAAGUGCUACAUUGAAGGCACUGUCGACUUCAUAUUUGGGAGCGGCAAGUCCAUUUUUUUGAGCACAGAGGUACAUGCCAUGGGAGACGGGGAGAUGCUUACAGUGAUAACGGCGCACGCAAGGAACUUGGAAUCAGAGGACACAGGAUACUCAUUCGUCCACUGCACGAUAUCUGGUACUGGGAGCACCACAUUCUUAGGGCGGGCAUGGAUGGAUAGACCCAAGGUGGUGUUUUCCCACACCUACAUGAGCUCUGUUGUGAACCCUCUUGGCUGGUCCAAUAACCUCCACCCUGAUCGCGACUCAAUGGUUUUCUUUGGAGAAUACAACUGCUUGGGACCAGGAGCAAACAUGUCGAGACGAGCUAAAUUCACGAAGAAGCUGGAUUUUAACGGAGCCAAGCCCUACAUCAGUCUCAACUACAUUGGGGCUUCAUCAUGGUUGCUUCCUCCGCCAAACCUAGCACUCCAAUGAAGCACAUUAUACAGAUUGGUGUAUGAUUAACUGGUGGAUGUG